GUUGAGGUAUUCUACUUGGACACUGAUAGCUGCUGCUGACGGGCACCAUGAUAACAGUGUUGAUUUUGACUGUGUGGAGCUGCAGUGUCAGUUUGAAAGUGUCCUCUGCUGCUCCGCUCCACUCCACGGCAGCCAAUGAGUUUGAGGGGCGGACAGCAGCCGCUAGGGGAGUUGUCUCCUGCCAGGUGAUCCUAUUGGGCUGCUUUUUAAAAGAGCAAACACGCUUACUUCUUCUUUCGCUACACUGAACCCCCCGCCUCCUUCUGCGCGGCACAGAAAUAGCAGAGGUUUGGCAGAAAGACCACUUCCAGUAGUGAGAUUGAGGACACAUCAGCGUUUUUUAUCUUUCAGCCUUGAUCGGGGGAGGGGAGCUUUAUCUGACAUCUGCUCAGCAUCAGCAGCGUCUGGAAAGAAGUACUUGUCAACUUGGCUUGACACCAAGCCUGGACUUGCAAAGAAGUUGAAAGGGAUUCCUGGAAAAUAUUGACAACACAGUAAAGAGUGAACUAUAUUGUGAGCCACCAAGUUAGCUUGACAAUUUCCAGCGUUACACUGUAAGAGGGAAUGGCAUUGGACUUCGCUGCGGGCUGCAUAGGAGGUAAGUUGUAAGGGAUAGUCGUGUCACAUACUAUAGCCACGUUAGCAGCAGUUAGCAUUAGCAUCGGCCAGCUCAAGAGUUUCCCACCGCCGUCAAGCAGCGCGUGGACAGCUCGAGCGUCUACGUUACUGUAUUACCUUUAUUUUCCACGUUUGAGGAAUACUAUUCAGACUCUUAAUUCUCAUAUGUGCAGGGGUUUUUGGUUCCGUGUAGCAAAAGUAAAGUGAAAAUACCGGAUGUAAUGUAAAGUUAGUGAUGUUACAUUCCUUACCUGUGCCUCACACACUCACAUACACGCGCAGGGAGUGGUGUUGACAUUUUUUGGGUGUAUGAAUGAACUCAAAAUGUGUGUGAAGUCUACUGCAAAUCAUUUGGUGAAACUUAAAAUGAAAGUGGAAGAGACAAAAAGUGUCCAAACAAACAGGAGCUUUUAUCACUUGGUUUCUAUCAGACGGUUUUACAUUGUCAGACAGCCCACAUCAUUCCUGGUUUGGGAGUGACCCUCUGAAGACUUCAACAAAACUUAACCAUGCCCUCCUGCUUGAAUGGAGGCAGUUAACCCUCACCUUAAAACCCUUGUGAAUCACGACAGCUGUUUUGUCUUUACCCAAGGCCAGGUCCACUCAAAACUCAGCACAGGAAGCGCCUCAGAUAGUCCCACUCCAGAGCACACCUCCUUUGUUGUCUCUUGUAAAAUCUCUUUCUAAGGGUUUCUGCACUUUGGAUAGCAAAUUUAGGCAUUUGCUUUCACAUACUAGAAAGUAAGUAAGUAAGUAAACUUUAUUGUGAAGCACUUUUCUAAAUGUUAGGACCAGAAUUUUAAAAUUGAUCCUAGAGGACACAGGUGGCCAAUGUAGAGCUUUAAGAAUAGGGGAUAUGUGAGUCCUCCUAUUAGCGUGGGUUAGAGUUCUCGCUGCAGAGUUUUGCACUAACUGAAGAUGAGACAGCUCCUUUUUGCUUAGACAUGAAAACAAACUAUUACAGUGGUCUAAACGUGAUGACACAAAGACAUGAAUGAUGAGUCCAAGUCAAAGAAAGCCUGAUUUCCUUCACACUGGUGUAGUUUAUAUUGUCAACAAUAUUACAUUAAUAAGUGUAACAUUUCACUAAAUGAAUUGGUCACAUCAGGAGUUUACUACAAUAUAACAUGGGCCCUUAGCACAUCCACUCACUAGUGCUCCAACACUUAAUUAUUAUUACUCACACACACAACUGGAAAAAGUUGCAACUUGUUAUAGUUGUUUGAAGAGUUUAGCGCCUGCACAUGAGUACACAAACCCAUAUUUUUCUGCACUUCGUUAACAGGAGGGAAUAAGACAUUACUGCGGUACAACAGAUUUGCUGUUCAUUAACAUAAGUCAAGGACAGACAACCAUUAAGCUUUCGUCACUAGCUACGGUGCAGUGACCAGCUGAUCAGUUUGGGGGCGACUGGCUGUUUACUACCCCCACAUGGGAUGAGCAGCUUGAUUAUAAGCCACACUCCUUUUCAAACAAACCCCAUCUAUGAGUCAAGGCUUCACUAUAUUCAUGUAGUGUAUAGAUGUAUAGCUUUUGAUUUGACUUGGUGGUUCUUUUUUCAAGUGAGAUGAAAUUUGUGUUUGCUAACAUUUGUUUUCUCUGGUCUUUGUCUUUUUCAGGAGCUGCUGGUGUGUUGGUUGGACAUCCUUUUGACACUGUGAAGGUACAUGUCUCUUCAUUGUUCACUCAUGUUAGGCAAUGAAAUGAUCCCGUGGUGAAGUGUUAAAUGUUGUAAUUCAGAUGUCUCAGACUAGUCAGUCUGAAUUCAAAUCCAGAUAAGCUGAAGUGACACAGUCAGCCUAUGAUAGAAUUAACAGAGAUGAGCAAGAGUAAUGGGCCCUUUUACACUGUAGGGGUAUUAAAAGGACAAAUAUAAAAGUGCUUAUAAUUUAUGCAAAACAUUUAUGUUGUAACACUUGAAAUACUUCCUUUCAAAUCUCAGUGAUAGCAUCUUAUUUAGUGAAAAGAGGAUCUUGCCAAACAACUCUUAAAGUUUUGUUUUCAUGACAUGAAGUUUCAGAGACUCUAAAUUUAGUAACUCCUGUAUACAGAACGUCUUUAUGGUAAAAUGGCUCAAAAAAGUAAAAAACUACACAGAUCAAGCGUCUUUGUGGUUCCAAAUUUAAGACUCAGCUUGUUUGAAUACCUUUAACUUGAGGCUGCAAGCUCUCAAUAUUACAUUCCUUAGGUUGGACUUUCUGAAGCCUUGACUUAUUUGGCAGUAAAAUACAGCGCUGGAUUGUUUGAAAUUACAGCCUACACUAACAUAAACACAGAGAUGGUGAAUGGUUUGGUUGUAGCUCAUUUAUACCUUGCUUUCAAUGUCAUUUUCUCCCUGAGCUGGUGUCUGGGGGAGGGCUGUCUUUAACAGCAACAGUGUCACUGUUUUGUAGAUGAGAGAGAGAAAUAAACAACCUCUCCAUGGAAAUGUGACUUAGUAAGUAUGGCCAAGGUACUUUUUUUCCCCUCCCAUCUCAUCUAUGUCUUGUCUCGAGCCAUAGAAAUAUAAGACACAGAAGACAUCUUUAUUUUGUACAACCCCCUUCACGGUUAAUUUCCUCCUCUUCUUACUGCAUCCUUUAGCAUCCUUAUUUUUACCCUGAAAAGAACCAUGAUAAAGCCUUCUGUUUACAGUUAAACUCUUGUUAUUCAGUGUUAUUUUUUUACCCUCUUUGGCCCCAUAACUCUGUCAUGCAAUUCUAAGACGAGUUCUGUCUUUCGCAGGUGAGGCUUCAAGUUCAGAAUGUGGACAAACCUUUGUACCGUGGGACGUUUCACUGCUUCCAGUCAAUCAUACGCCAGGAGUCGGUAAGGCUUUUGUUUGUUCUUUAAACACUCUUAAUGUUUCACUUCUUUUUGAAUUAAAUCAUUAAAAAAAAGCUUUCAUGGCUGUUAUCUAACCAGUGCAGCGUCACCAUGUGCUGCUGCUGUCUAUACCAAGAAGCAUAGCCAGUGCUCUCAUUUAAGUGUCCAAUUACCAGCCAUAUCUCGAAACUCAGGCAUUAGCCAGCAGGUUCCUUACAUGGGUGUCAGGGGGGUGUGUGUGCGUGUGUGUCUGUUAACCAGGGUUAGAGAGGAGCCUGUUUCUGCACAGGCUAAAUAAAGCUUUGGACAUCCUGCCAUGUGAGCCUCGCUUGGUCUCGGUAGAGUUCUUAUGUUUCACACAGAGGUAUAGGAUUAUAUUACAGUCACAGUGAAAUAUAAGUUAUUUUGACAGCUUAAUUUGAAAGUUUGCUUUGAUUAGACAUAAACAAACGUAUGUGUCGCAUUGUUGAUAUUGGCCCAUAUGAGUUUGUACAGUUUAAAGUAGUUACCAUGCUGGAAUAUGUGCUUCUGCAUGUUUUAGAAGUUUCAGUUGUUACUUUUUGGCUUUCCAGCUUGGCCCCUGUGACAGCCUCCUGGCUUUGACAUUUCUUAAAGCCUGUUUCGUUUUACAGCUUGCUCAGUGAGCCAUAAAUUAUGGUCUACUAGAUUUGCUUCGUAUCUUGUUUUCGAGGAAAAAAAACAAGCACAACUAGUGUUAUUACCAGGAGGUUCAAAGCGGAGAAAAUGUAUUACAUCUUUUUUGGAUUACACAAUCUGCUUCUAGGAGCAUUUCUUUCAAAAAAAUUGAGCUGAUGUCUGUUUAUGUGUGAAACUUGUGGUUACAAUAAAACAAUGACGCAAGUUUAGGGAAGUCAUUUAUGACCAGAAAGAGUCAUGAGGUCCUCUAAAAGGAUCUUGUUAUUACUCUUGUUUUUGCUCCUCUCUAUUUGAUUGGCUUUACUUACUAAAUAACUUCCUCUCAAGGAUUCAAGGAACUUCGUCACACCCCACACCUUUGACAGUUUGUGGUACAAAAUAAGUACCCAGGUCCGUUUCCAAGCCAAGAAUAGAAUAGAAUAGAAUAAAUAAAAUAUAAUACAAUAGAUAAAAUACAAUACAAUAAGAAAGAGCAAAAUGUUAACAAAUUAAAGUAAGGCUGAAAUUAGCUCUGUUGCACUAGAAUUUCCGUAUAAAAGCAGCACCUUGGGUUGUUAAAAUGAUAUUUUCCCGUGUGGAUAAAUUACUCAAAUUUGAUCCAAAAUAUUGCCUUUAGUACCUGCACGGCUUUUGUGUUUCCUGAACUUAACCCCGUCCUCUGUCUGUCUCUUUGUCAUCAGGGGCUUGGUCUUUACAAAGGCAUUGGCUCACCAAUGAUGGGCCUGACAUUCAUCAAUGCCAUCGUUUUCGGCGUCCAAGGUAACGCCAUGCGCAAGCUUGGCCGCGACACGCCUCUGAACCAGUUUCUAGCCGGAGCCUCCGCUGGAGCCAUCCAGUGUGUCAUCUGCUGCCCGAUGGAGCUCGCCAAGACGCGCAUGCAGCUGCAGGGGACAGGAGAGAAGAAGUCCAAGAGGAAGAUGUACAAGAACUCCCUGGACUGUCUGGUGAGGAUCUACAACAAGGAGGGAAUCAAAGGUAUCAACCGCGGCAUGGUGACCACCCUGCUGCGCGAGACGCCUGGUUUUGGUGUGUACUUUCUCGCUUAUGACGUGUUGACACGUUCCCUGGGCUGUGAACCAGAGGACCCCUAUAUGAUCCCUAAGCUGUUGUUCGCUGGUGGGAUGUCGGGGAUCGCUUCUUGGAUCUCCACCUAUCCCGUGGAUGUGAUCAAGUCACGUCUCCAAGCAGACGGGGUCGGUGGGGUCAACAAGUAUAACGGCAUCAUGGACUGUGUCAGGCAGAGUUUACAGAAAGAAGGGUGGAGGGUGUUCUCUCGUGGACUCACCUCCACUUUGCUCCGAGCAUUUCCGGUGAAUGCUACCACAUUCGCAACGGUGACUCUGUUUUUAUUGUACAUGCGAGACGGAGAAGAGUGUAGCAUCCAGGACCCUGAGCCGCAGUCCGUCCAGCUGCAGCCUCUGCAGACACAGACGCAGUCGUUUGUGCAGCAGUGAGUGUUACUACAGUCAAUCAGCAGAUCUACUGAGUUCAGAUGGAAGGGUGUGCAGGUGUGUUUGAUUAUCAGAAAGGUGAACUGAUCCCAGCUAAGCAUCUGCCCACGAAGCUUCAGCAAAGUGACCACAUGUAGUAUUUAAAUAAUAUAUAUUUUAAGAUAAAAGCUGCAUUUGUAUAUAAGGUCUGUUUUUAAAAGUCUUUGGGUUUUAGACACUUGUUUUUGCGUUUUAAUUAAGGGAAUUUGACGGUUACAGGAGUUACUGUAUUAUGCCGUACAGUGACGGUUACACAUGUGCUUAAAUUAUGAGUCAGUCAAACACUUUGUCUUAAAACGCUGCGUUAAAGUUCAUGAAAGAUAUGUUUGGAUUUAUGCUCCAAAUCCGUCAACUUUUGUCUUUUUUUGUGAUCAUGAACAAGUUUGGACUGUUUCGUUUUAGCAGUUAAAUAAAUGUGGUUAAGAAAUUUAAUUUUUAACAUAAGCCAGUCAGUGCAAACACAACAUUAUGAUAAUGGUUACAAAUACAAAGAAAGCCCCAGUGUACUUGUACAUGCUCUUUGUGUAUGCACAUCUGUCCUAAUGUCUUGGUUACAACUUUGUAUAAAUGUUACAAAAGGGAAGCUGCUGGAUUUUUAUGUCGCAGAUGCUGUCUAAAUUUUUUUAUUGUGAAGUGUGAGGUCAUGGCUUUUUAUUUGUUUUAGCUCUUUGCCUUUAAUGAUCCAGUCUGGACUCUUUUCAAAGGUGCGCCAUCAAUCAAUCAAUCAAUUUUUAUUUAUAUAGCGCCAAAUCACAACGAUUUUUAUCCCAAAAUGCUUUCCAAAAGAGCAUGUCUAAACCACACUCAAUGUUAGAUGUAUUACAAAGACCCAACUUUUAAGAUGGGACAGAUUUGACCCAUCUCAUCCAACAUGAGUGACAGUGGCGAGGAAAAACUUUGAAACCAAACCUGGAAGCACCUUAUGGUAUGAUAUUGAGCACUUGUACAGAAGACUCAUUUUAACAAUCAAUGUUGUCACUUGAAAAUGAUUUAGUACUUACCACUAUAGUAGGAUUGGGUUAUGAUGGUAACUAUAACCACGUGAAAGUGAGUUUUUCUUGAAACCAAAUGUGAUUCUUUUGUCCAGAGUCACGAGGAAUCACAGCCUCUCAGUCAGUUGCAGCUAUUUCUGUACACCAACAGGUCACUGAUUACAACUGUCGACUUCAAUACGAAAAGGAAAUAUGCAGCAUUCACUUGCUUCCCCUGGAUAAUAAAUAGAAAUCUAAAAAUUACAUAAAGCUUAAAGUAUGAAACACAUGAGGUGAUGUCUUUGUAUGCUAUAACAGUUCAUUAGUAAUGAAUGAAUGCACACGGUUUGAUGGAUAACACUAACCAAAGGUGAUGUGUUCAGUGUAAUCAGUGCUUUCACUGCCAUCUUCCUGCUUGUGCCAUGAACUGAUGCUGCUGUUACCUCCUUACAGGGUGUAUGGGACAGAUCUGAAACUUCUCUGUAGUUGUCCAAAGUUAAAAUCAUGUACAUACUGUGAAUUUUCUGGUGUUUUUUUUCCACUGUCAUCUUUUAAGUAUACAGGUUUGGAUUAAUCUUUAGAUUCACUUCAGUUACAUUUCUAUCUUACUGCUCUACCAAUCAUGUUGUCAUGUGCAUUUGCCUAACUGUACUGGUGGAGGAUACGUCUUGAAAAGGGCUGAAUUCACUGUCUUAUUGUGCCUCUGUGUUCUGCACUUGUUUGUAUAAACUAUCCUUCCCCCAAAGGAGCAUGCACUCUUAAGUGUUGUGAGAGAAAGGUGAAAUAAAAGCCACUUUUUCCUGUAUUUUCUUAUGGUCGUUGCUGCUGUUACCUCAACAUUUUAGGAGUUGGACUUUUCGUAAUCUCAAAAUGGGAUAAACUGAGGCUCAGUUAUUGGAUAAAACACGGGGUAUUUGAGCUAAGCCUGAUAAAAUAUCGAGUUUUAGCUAUGGAGGACUGCCCUCUAGUGGUUUUCUAUGAACACCACAGGGACACAAAAUACUGUCUGACAUUAGUAUCCAAAAAUAGAACUGUUUAUUAAGGAAAUUUGUCACCAUAUGAACCUAUCAGGAAAGGAUUAUAAACAAGCACAUCCAUGAUAACAACAAAGACAAUAAGUUAUUCAAGUAACAACCAAAUAUUGAUUCAAUUCAUAAGAUCACAUUCUGUGUGUAAAGAAAGUACUUUCCACGUAGGCACUUCAACAAACACAAAAUAAACAAUAAGUUGACUUCAUUCAAGUAUUCCAAAUAAAUCAAUUGUUUUACCCUUAUUGUGCAAGAUGGUGAAAUCAUUAUCCUGAGGCUCUUGCAGGUCGUGGAGGUAAAGAAAGAGGAGCCGAGGAUGGAAAGUUGUUUCAGCUUUUUCCUGUUUUUAAUGUGUUCAAGAGUAAAGAGUCACAGGAGUAGCGCAGGAAGCGGUAGACCUCCUCAGCCCUGGAUUGACUCAUGCAGCCACCUUUCUGUAUGGCUUCAACAGAGCUGCAAGAGAAGGAAAAUGAGGUGAAAACAUGUGCAAAAACAAAUGGACAAAAGCAUUUUAUUCUUGUUUUGCCAAAUCAUGCAUACUCAAAUUACUUCCAGUACCUGUUGAUGAGCUGUGCAAUGGAGCUAAAGUUGUGGCUCAUGUUGAGGGCAUGGGCAUGGUUGACUGAGGGCAGGCUAGAGUACAGCUCCAGGGCCUGCUGCCGGCGCUGACCUUUAACCUCCAAAGGUACGGCGAUUCCUUGACCUUUACGUUGCUCCAGUCGCGCCAGAUCCGACAGCAAGCCGGCACUCUCCUCGGGGCCACUGCUCCAGAGCAGGCGCACCCCUGUUCGCACCAGUGCUGUCAAAGUGUUGUCAUAGUAACGAGUUCGCUGGAAGGGACGUGAUGCCUCACCUAAGACAAGGGAAAUGAUCAGAAUUAGAAAUAUGAAGUGUUCUUUCAAGGCUUGCGACCUUUCUGAUCUUGAAAUCAAGUAAAAGUAAUUUCCAGUCAAACAACCAAUUAUGAUUUCUGACACACACCUUGUUUUGUUCGGUCCUUUUCCACUAUCAGACAAACGCGCUCGAACAACCCCUGCAAACUGUUCACCCUCUCAGUCAAUCUCUUCCUGUUCUGCGUUGAGCUCAAAUCUGAUUGGCUGUGCCUCUCUACAGCCAUGCGGUUGCUGACAAUGAAGUAGCUCCCGUCCAGCGAGCAGACAUGGACGGUGGCUGAGUGACGCUGGCGGAGGCAGGCCAUCAGCUCUACUCCACUGCUAAUGCAGCGGCUGUCAGCCAGGAUGCCGACAGGCCCUGGGGGAGCAGGAGGCUCACUGACAGACGCCUCCUGGGCAGCGGUGGUCUGAGGCACAGACGAAGAGGCAAGAAGGGUCUGGAAAUAGGAAAAUAACAAUCCCAUGAAACCAUAAGUCAGUUUCACGCUUGUUUAUGGAUCAUGGUUGAUGUGUUGCCUCUUGAUACUUUUACAAAUAUUGAACUGAUUUAUCAGACAGCUGUGUUUACUGUGUACCUCUGAUUUCUUGGAGGAUGACCGCAAAUCUGUCUCUGCAAAGUCUAGUUCAUCAGAGAGCAGAUGCUGGUUUUCAAACCUCUGGCGGUACCUGCAAGAAAAAGAAAAGAGCUCUAGUAAAAAAAAGAAUACAAUAAAAAACAGAGAAGUAGGGGAAAAUAGAGUCUAGCUUGGUAAGGAGAGCUUCAGCCUAAUCCAGCUCCUUGUCAUCCUCAUCCUUUUGGCUCCAACUUUUUAACUCUUCUCUCUGUUUUCUAUCUUUUUCUCCUCUCCUACUUCAUUAAAUUAAAACUUCAAAAGAAAAAGUAAAGGUAAAAGUUUUUUUUAAAGUACAAAUGCAAGUAUACUUUUCAAGCUAAAAUAUGGAGGAAACAGGAGGUGUUCAAGCUAAAAAUAUGUCAUGUUAAAAUACAAUUAUGAUAUCUGUGUAUUUACUGUAAAUGGCACCUAAACUACAGUACCUCCCUUAUCCAAACUUUAGUAAUCACAGCUUUAAAUGUUUGAAAUUAUAUUCAUUUUAUUUACCUGGAAGAUAAAACCAAUGGUGAGUGUCACAAUAAAUAAUCAUGCGUCACCUCUCUGUCUUGAUUUACCUCUCAUUUUGCUCCUCUGGGGUCAUGGAGCUUCUCUGAGCUUUGCUUAGCUUUGAGACCUUUGAUGCAAUGGUUGAAGACGAAGAUGGAGGUUUCUGCUGCUCCUGAGGUUUGCUCGGUCCUGGCUGUAAAGUCUUGGGCCACAAGGGGGCAGCAGCAUCCGCUUCUGUUGUGACACUUCCCUUUUUCCCAGCUUCCUCGGCCUCAUCCUCACUUGAAUCCUGGAUGCAUCUAACCCUUGAGCGCUUGGGUUUGACUCC